GCUGUUAAGAGUUCCCAGAGUGCCUAUUGGGUCAACACGGGAAUCUCCAAGAUGGCGGCAGAAGCAACCUGCGGCGCUGGCGCUGGGAGUACCGGGUCUUUGGCGGCUGCAGUCGGCAUGAGUAACGUCACCAGUUUCCAGAGGAGAGGUCCUAGAGUCGGCGGGGCCGACAGUGGCGGCCCUCGACUGAUGUCCAUUGCGGGCACGCGACCGUCGGUGCGGAAUGGACAGCUUCUAGUAUCAACCGGGCUUCCAGCCCUGGACCAGCUCUUAGGUGGAGGUUUAGCUGUUGGAACAGUUCUUCUAAUCGAAGAGGAUAAAUAUAAUACUUAUUCACCUUUGCUCUUCAAAUAUUUCCUGGCAGAGGGAAUCAUUAAUGGGCAUACUGUGUUGGUUGCAUCUGCUAAAGAAGACCCUGCUGUCAUUUUACAGGAACUUCCAGCACCAUUACUUGAUGACAGUCGUAAACAGGAACUCGAUGAAGAUAUAUAUAAUCAUAAAACACCAGAAUCUAAUAGUAAGAUGAAAAUAGCUUGGCGUUACCAGUUAUUACCCAAGAUGGAGGCAGGACCAGUGUCAUCUUCAAGAUUUGGUCACUAUUAUGAUGCAUCAAAAAGGAUACCACAGGAACUAAUUGAAGCUUCAAAAUGGCAUGGAUUUUUUCUUCCAGAAAAAAUAUCUUCAACUCUUAAAGAAGAACCUGGUUCUUUGACCCCUGGUUACAUAAAGCUGCUUCAGUUUAUCCAGAACAUCAUUUAUGAGGAAGGAUUUGAUGGAUCCAAUCCCCAGAAAAAACAGAAAAACAUUUUAAGAAUAGGAAUUCAGAGUCUUGGCUCACCUUUGUGGGGAGAUGACAUUUUCUGUACAGAAAACUGUGACAACAGUCACAGCCUCACCAAGUUCCUCUAUAUUCUCCGUGGUCUUCUGAGAACCUCUCUUUCAGUCUGUAUCAUCACAAUGCCAACCCAUCUGACUCAGAAUAAAGCAGUUAUUGCUCGUGUUACAAACUUGUCAGAUACGGUAGUUGGUCUGGAAUCAUUUAUCGGUUCUGAGAGAGAAACCAACCCUUUAUAUAAAGAUUAUCAUGGUCUGAUUCAUAUACGGCAGAUUCCUCGACUUAAUAACUUGAUUUGUGAUGAAUCAGAUGUCAAAGACUUAGCUUUUAAAUUAAAAAGGAAGCUAUUCACCAUUGAGGUAAGAGAUUUUUAUGUUUCUUACAUAAAAGGUUGA